AGGAAUUAUCAUAAAAAAAAAAAAACUCAAUGCCGUCAAAGCGGCAGUGAAAUUUGGAGUUAUGGGUUUCUUCUCAUCUUCAUUCCUCUUUUCCUCCCCUAUUCUUCCCUUCACCCACUUCUUCUUCCCAUAAAUUUUCCUUUCUCUGAAUCCCUUUCACCAUGUUUAGGCUCUGGAAAUGGUAUCAGAACUGUCUCACCUUCCAUCCAGUCAAGACCCAAGUCAUCAGUUCCGGCUUUUUAUGGGGUACUGGCGACAUUGCAGCUCAGUACAUUACUCACUCCGCCGCUAAAACCCAUCUUCCAACUUCUUCAGAUGCUGUAGAAGAGUUCAAAAUCAACUGGAAACGUGUUGGAAUCACAAGCAUGUUUGGAUUCGGUUUUGUUGGACCAGUCGGCCACAUGUGGUAUGAAGGCUUGGACAGAUUUAUAAGGCUAAAACUUCAGCUACAGCCAAAAUCAGCCAAAUUUGUUGGGGCAAAACUGGCAAUGGAUGGUCUAAUCUUUGGCCCAAUCGAUUUAGUCUUCUUCUUCAGUUAUAUGGGAUUUGCCAACGGUAAAGACGUUGCUGAAGUGAAAGAAGACUUGAAGAGGGACGUCCUCCCCGCAUUCAUCUUGUCAGGUACGGUGUGGCCGAUCAUUCAGGUUGCAAACUUCCGAUACGUGCCAGUGAGGUACCAACUCCUCUAUGUUAAUAUGUUCUGCUUGUUGGACAGUGCUUUUUUGUCAUGGUUUGAGCAACAAAAUGAUGCUCCUUGGAAGCAAUGGUUUACUUCUUUUAAUCCUUUUAAAGAAAGAUAAGAGAUUUUGAGACCUAUCUUCCCAAUCUCAGCCUUUCUUUUUCCCUUUUUUUCGAUUCAUCACAUUGGACUGAGGAAUAUGCUGAUUUGUUCCCUUUAUAAUAGACUGUGAAGAUAUUUCUAAGCCACAUUUGUGCAAUCUCUUUUGUGUGUUUCAAUCAA